GCUGGUGAAGUUAUCAACGGGCGCUUUGAAUUUCACCACGCUCUUUGUAAACACGCGUCCUUCCCUGUCGACGGCUCGAGUGUGUCUUUAUACUAUUUUUGAUCGCUUGCUUUAUGAUACGCCACUUGUUUCGUUUAUUCUCAAGUUGACCACCAUCUUUAAGAAAACAAAUUAUUCUUGUAGAGUAUCUUACGGACCUAGUAUUUCAUUUGAAGGAAAUGAAGCGUUAAGUUAACAGUAGGCUGGUAAUGAGCUUUGUGUUGAGCUCGGCGUGUGCAUCAACCGAUGCAUAAUUGUGUUAAAUUCUUCUGUGACAAUAGUAACCAGAUCGUACGCAAUGCGAUAAAACUGUGGUUGUGUGCGCUGUCCACGUAACCAAAAUCGUAUUCAUACAAAAAUGUAAUCACCUUUCUGUGCGGUACUUAAAUGUCUUGAAAUACAUGCUUUCUAAAAUUUACUUGUUGGGCAUGAAUGGACAGGUGCAAUCCUCCAGGGAAAGGUUAGGUUUUACUAACAGUACAAUAGGGCUGUUCUCUGGGAUUAUUGCCACUGACCGUGUUCCAAACAUACAACUAGCGGCUACUACAAACAAUGAACUACCUAUGGAUGAUUCCAAUGUUAGUACAGAAGUUGAUAGCAAAGUCAAAACAAAAUUAUUAUCCAUGUGGAAUAAUGUUAAAUAUGGCUGGACCAUCAAAGUAGUUAAACCAAAUUUCUCAAAAGAAUCUCCAGUAUGCUUACUUGGAAAAAUUUAUCGCAAAAAGCCAGAAGAAUUUUUGGAAAAGGCUUCCGAAGCUGAAAAGACUUUAGACACUGGAAGUGAAAUAUCUUUAGCUAUGGAUGCUAUUAGUUUUGAAGAUGGCAUAGAGGAAUUUAAAAAGGAUUUCACCUCGCGUCUUUGGUUAACAUAUAGAAGGGAAUUUCCUAUAUUGAAUGGUUCUACAUUUACCACUGACUGUGGUUGGGGAUGUAUGCUACGUAGUGGUCAAAUGAUGUUGGCACAGGCAUUGGUCUGCCAUUUUCUUGGAAGAGAAUGGCGGUGGCAGGUAGACCAACCACUAAAAACAGAACAACAAAAAUUGGAUGAACAUAAUCACAGGUUAAUAAUUAAAUCGUUUGGAGAUCUACCAGACAGCACAUCUCCAUUUUCCAUACAUACACUUGUUUCUUUGGGUGCCCUGUGGGGAAAACGUGCAGGAGAUUGGUAUGGACCUUCCUCUGUAGCUCAUCUUUUAAGCCAAGCAGUAGAACAAGCAGCAGAACGACAUCCAGUAUUUAGUAACUUGGCUGUUUAUGUUGCUCAAGAUUGUGCAGUUUAUCUGCAAGAUGUAGAAAAUGUAUGCCAAAUGCCGGAUGGCAAGUGGAAAUCUCUUAUACUUUUUGUACCUUUAAGGCUUGGUGCUGACAAAUUGAAUCCUGUUUAUGCAUCUUGCCUAACACAUUUACUUACGCUAAAUACCUGUAUUGGAGUUAUCGGUGGCCGACCUCGCCAUUCGCUUUAUUUUAUUGGUUUCCAGGAAGAUAAAUUAAUUAAUCUAGACCCACAUUAUUGUCAAGAAACUGUUGAUGUAUUAAAAGAUAAUUUUCCUUUGACGAGUUUUCAUUGUACUUCACCGAGAAAAAUGUUAAUAUCAAAAAUGGAUCCUAGUUGUUGUGUUGGAUUUUAUUUUCAUAAUAAAAUGCAAUUUACAAACUUUAUGGAGAUUGCUCCCUCUUACUUGGUGCCGGAAGAUGAGAAAGUCGACUAUCCGAUGUUUUUAUUUUGCGAAGGGAGCGGGAAAGAUCUCCAACAAAAAAUUGAAAUUGCAGAAAACAUAAUUCCCACUACUGCCUCAUUUACAGGUAGUGGGACGUAUGAUGAUGAUCUUGACGAGUGCGAAGAAUUUGAACUAGUACAGUGAGAUAUUUAUCAUAGACAUUAAAGAAGAAAUAUCAUGUACUUAAAAAACAUUCAUGGAUAGUUUUUUGAGAAGAAUGAUAAUGUUUGUCAUUAAUCAUAAUUCUCUCUUCAUUCGUCCAUAUAUGUACAAGGAAGAAAUCAAUUGACGACUUUAGCAGAUGACAACGUUGCAUAUUAGAGAGUUGAGUAUUAAUUUCUAAAAUGAAUUUAUGCCGCAAGAUGAUCUUUAGAUCUCAACGUGCUCGUUAAAUGACUGACGUGAAUUAAUAUAUCAAUAUUUUCCAUUCGCGAUAAUGCAUUUAUAGAUUCAAAUUAGCGUUAUCGUUGAUACUUUAUUUCUGUGAUCAUAAUUUAAUGCGGCUUUUGUAUAUCGUUGUGUUGUUGCACAAUUUUUUUUAUCUUGUUUAUUGAUCUCAAAAGUUAUUGCUUUUAAAUAUUUGUUAGGAUAUUGAUUUACUAUAUGACUUAGAAUUGUCAUAACCAAGAAGAUAUUUAUUCUUUUUCACGCAAUUAUCACGUCAAGAACUUGCGUAGAUCGUAAGUUGACGAUUUUGUUAUAAAGAGUACUUUUUAUAAAAAUUUCUUAAUUCCUUACGGAAAUGUUCCUGACAUAGCUUAUUUUGUAACACAGCAAUAUUAGAUUUCUCUUAGAUUUUUUGCAAAAGCAACUUGAGUAUAUUUCGUUGUGUGCUUAAGUCAAAAAUGUGUGUGUAUGUGUGCAAUCAUCAGCGCACAUUAUACAUAUAUUUAACCAUAUCUACCUGUUAUAACAUUUAAGCUUCAAUUAAUUUAAAUUCUUUUUCAUAACACAGCUUUAAGUUAUUUAUUUAUUUAAUAUGUAUUCUAAUUUUCGUUUGACGACUAUAUUGAACUUAUACUAAGUUCCCAAAGCGCAUCACUAUGUUUGACAUAACGUUUUAUGUUAUGAAAGAGAAACAUGUAAUUAACCCUUUGCACUCGAGAGGUGACUCAGUCGCCACGGCGUUCCGUGCUGCAACUCCAGUGGUAAGCGAAAGACGACAGACCCUGUUCAUGCUAGAUUUCGACAUCUCCAAUUGAUGUGAGUGCAAUAUUAGUUCGUAAAUUGGUUCCCUAGCUCUUUACGUUCUUUGUUAGGAAAUGUAAAAUGUUAGACUUUAAAAUGGAGAUAAAAUAUUUAAUCUCAUAUCCCGCCGAAACUAGAGUUCUAAUAACGUCUCCAACGUUAGUUCGCAUUCGAAGAUCAUGGCGAAAGUAUAAUAGUUUAAAAACCCUAAAAAGAUGAUUUUCGUAAGUGAAAUUAGCUCAAAUGAAAAUGAACUUAAUUUUGAACUGUUGAAAAAUGAGAUAAAUUGCAUUCAAGAAUGCACCUUGGUGAAAUCUUUAUAAAUUAUCAUACCAAAAAGAGAUACGGGGAUUAAUAUUACAAAAUCAUAUUUUCAAAGUUGUAAAUAUAGAUAAAGCAUUAGAAUAUAAUGUUUUUGUAAGUUAAUUUGUAUAUAAAAUCAUUUUACGCUAGCUGUAAGACACGCGUCACGUAUACGCUAAAUCAUCUCUACUAGCUGCUACGCCCGACCGAAAAAGUCCUUGAGUGCAAAGAGUUAA